AUGAAGUUCACUGCCUGUUCUGAUUGGUUUACUGUCCUUGGGCCACGGAACUGUGGGAUUUCAUCUCAUCGUGGAGCGGCCAUUCGCCAUCGCUCACCGCCGAGAACCUUUGACCUUGUGGACAGAGAGAUUCAGGUUGUGUUCCUUCGAGAUCAGACCAAUCCCAGCACCAUGAAUAGAGGCAGCUCCUUUGUAAAGAACUCCUCUGAUGAUACCCAGAAAUUAGAGAAGAAAUCCAAGGCUUUCAAGGAUAUUUCCAAGUACUUCUCUAAGGAAGAGUGGGCAAAUCUGGCAUACUCAGAGAAAAUCACCUACGUGUAUAUGAAGAGAAACUAUGAAACCAUGACUGGUCUAGGCCUCAAGGCCAGCCUGCCAAAUUUCAUGUGUCCUAGAAGGCCAACCAUAAAAUUCGGUGAGCGUGAUUCUGAGGAUAAGAACCCUGGGAAUCAGAAAGAGUUUCCUCAGGAGGUUUUCAACAUGCAAGAGAGAAAACAACUGAAGGUGCUACCUGAGAAGCGUGAAAAGGAAACAUCUGGCUCACAACAGGCUCCGAAACAGCUGUGCCCCGUGAAACAAGAAGUUAGCUCUGAUCAGCAGAUUAAGGAGAUACCAGGACCCAAGAUAGAGAGAGUUAAAGUCUGGGCCAACAGACUGCGUGAAAGAAAGUACCGCGUGAUCUAUGAGGAGAUCAGCGAUCCUGAGGAAGAUGACUAAUUCUCCCCAGGGAUGUGACAAGUGCCCAUGAUAAGAAGCAGAACCUGGUGGCCUUUCAUGAGCAUGGGCAUGGCUGUGAACUCCUGGCCAUCAGGUCUAGAAAGUGAAAGAAGGAGUUCACAACAAUGACAAGUUAAACCUGAUUUUUGUUACUGUGUUAAGCGUUCUGUUAGAUGUUAGAAUUUUGUUGAUAAGCAAGAUAUAUACCUAAUGCCUAUUUCUGUGUAUUCAUGCAUCUAUACCUUUAAAAAAAAAGCAAGUAUUGUUAAGUAGUCUUUGCACAGAACAGCACUAACCUCUCACUCUCCAGCUGCGACAGUUACUGAGCACAGUUCUGGGUGUUUGAUUCCACAUGUUUUUCUCUACAUUCACACACACACACGGUACCACAGUGAGCAUCUCCUACCUGCUUUUCCCCAUUAGCAGCGUGUCCUGAAGAAGUCUCUCUCACUGUUCAUUGGAUGCUCCAAGUUACAAACUUUUGUUGUUCAUUUAGCCUGAGUCAGUCAUUGACAAAGAAUAAACAUUUGCAAACUUUC